AUGGCAUCAGCCCAGCUGAUGCCCUUCAAGGCCAAAGCUGAGGAGCGAGCCACAAAGCCGCUGCCAGACACUGAGGCGCCUGUCAAGAAGCAAUGCACUCAGUAUGAGAAGCAGAUUCAAAAAAUGGACGGCGAUCCUGGGUUGGAGUGCGGUGAGUCUGAGGGAGAUGGCUCACACCCGGCAUCUUUGGUUUUGGAACUAUUGGGUGAAGGUGAUCCCAGCACUCGCCUCCAACAGCUUGAUGCCUGGUACCAAGAUUACGCAGCUUUCCGCAAGAUGCCAUACUUGUACAAGAAAGCUGGAUUGGACCUUUGGUUGGGGAGUGUGUCAUGGCCAUGUGAGAUGCAGGGAGUUGAUGUGGUCAAGGGGUGGACCCGAGCUUCAGUGGUUGCCCUGUUUCUACUGGCGGCUAGCGAGUUGGACAUCAAUGAUCCAGCAUACGACCGUCUGAAGGCUGUCAUCAACGAGUUCCACUCAUCGCAUGGCUUGGCAGCAAAGCACAGACUCGAUGAAGAGGCACGCCAUGUGUUGCAACUCCACAUUGACCACGUGAAGUGGGCGCAUUCAGCAUUUUCGACGGAACAGCUGAAGAGUCAACGCUGGAUGAUCGGAGCAUCGCCCAAGGGAUCCAUUCCGCCUGCACUCAAGAAGGCACUCACUGUGACUCCGCAGUCCCAGGUUAUGCACUUCCGUCUGGUGGUCAGCUGCUUUACCGAAGCUGGUCGUCGCUUGAGGCCAACAUCAAGGUCAAGAGUGAGAUGGUCCCAGCAGGCAUUUGACAGUUGUUGCGACCUGGCGUGCGUCUAUUCAGCACUGUUGGAUGAGGCCAGAUUGCUCAGCAGUUGGACCGAUGCGAAAGAAGCAGCUGUGCUCAAGGCCUUUUUCCAGAGGGACUAUGUGGGCGAGGUGGAGGCCGCAGUCACCGCCCGACUCAGCACCUGGAACCUUUCCCAUUUGGGCAUCUGGUGUGACUUGGUCCAACCGCCUGCCACUCCAGUGAAGGUGCACACGGCGUCAGAAAUCAUGGAGCUUGAAGACGAAGCGCGAACUGCCAAGUUUCGUGAGGUUCGCGCCAAGUUGUCGCAGGAUACAGCGGCCAUGGUGGAGUUCAACAGUCAGAAGGAGGAAGCAACACGUCGCUCGCAUGUUGUGAAGGUCAUGCAUGAACGCUCCCAGCUGGAGAUUGGCAAAGAGCUGAGCGAAGCCUUCAUGGAGCGAAGCUGCCGCGUGUCAAUGUUGACCGAGAAGAAUGGCUUGGACCCGAAACUGGACAAUCUGAAGUUGGAGGACAAGAUGCAGAACCACAAGAUCGAGCUUCGUCCAUGGACUCUGAACUUGAAUUUGGAGGAGCUCCAUCGCAACAGAGAGUUGCCUGGGGCUUUCUUAUGUGGUGUGAAGCACAACUUUGGGACUGUGGUCAUCCAUCCAACCGCCUAUGACGGGUGCUUGGAGCUUGCUGCAAUUGAGCAAGGCCUUUGGAUUACCGGGACUGCUACAAUGGACGCUCACUACAAAGCUUGCAGAGAUGCUGUGAAGAACCAUUUGCUCGAGGAAAUUCUAUGGCAAACAUAUCAGGCCUGGAAGGCCAAUCGCAUCCCGAUGGACAAGCAAAACCAGAGGUACAAGAAGGACGUUGGUGGUGAUGACAUGCCCAAGUCUCCCCAGGUCCCAACUUUGCAGGUUUGCCAGUACACGGAUGGCAAACUGACAAUCCCAUCUGAUGUUAGGCAGCACUUCAUGCAGUGCCCCCUCUUCGGCCCAGAGUGGAGGCAGUUGGUGGUGGAAUUUGACAAGUCUUGGGCUCCUGUGGCUGAAUCCACCCCAUCCCGCUCGCCUCCAACCAGCGGGACUCCUGUGGGAGGCAGCACUCCUGACGUCAAGAAUGAGACCAAACAGGAGCCCGGCGUCAAGAUGGAGGAUGAUUUUGAUUGGAGUGGAAUCUUCUCGGAUGCCCCUGCUACCUUGCACAAGCUGAAGGAAAAGUUUGGGGCUGAUGCAACCGAACUCAGUGGCCCUACUCCUCAGAGUUCCUUCUACCUAGCACCAGGACCUCAGCUCUACCUGGUUGCGAAGGAACCCAUCCACAUCCAGUGCCGGGACGCCCCAAUUAUCGCUCACGGUGCCGGAUCCUGGCUCACCGGCGACAAAGCCACAAAAUUUGAGAGCAAUACACCGGAUCGUGGCAUCCCAUGCCGGAUGAUGCAUGAUGAAGAACCAUGUGUCUUUGAGGAGUCACCGGGUUGA